CCAAAACGGUGCGUGGCAUUUCUUGCAAAAGCGUCGUCGUUUUAUGAGCUACACGGAUGCCAUCGACGCGAAGCUACGCCGAAGGAUCCUGAUGUUCUCGGCAAACCCUCCAAAGGCCAACACAAUCCGUUCUUUUUGACCCGCUGUGGUAGAUCGGAGAUCAUUCAUUAUAGUUUUUGUUUGGGAUUCGAGAAAAUUUGGGGCCUACGAAAUAUUCAUACUAACCGCUCGGCUUAACUUCCAAAGCUUCAGAUUUCAUUGACACAUCCUUGAUAUGGCAACUAAGCGCAAUGUUCAGUACAGCCGUCUUCCUACUGAUGAGGAUAUUGGUUAUGAUGGAAGCCAAUCUGAUACUCGGUUUGACUAUUCACCGAAAGCCUUUGACAAAGUCCCAUGGAAAUCGAUUGCCCUGGCUCUUUUCUUGCUGUGUCUUGGGUCAUUGCUUCUCUUCCUUUCGUAUUUCAUUUUUACCGGUCACAUGGGAGGAGAAAGGUCCCAAGCUUAUGGCCUCUUAGCUCUCGGGAUACUCACCUUCCUCCCAGGAGGUUGGUGGGCUGACCACUUUGUUGAAAUUGUGGGUACAGGCUUUUAUGAGACACGGAUUGCCUAUUAUUCGUGGAGAGGUGCAAAAGGUUAUCGGUUUGCUUCAAUUCCUGACUAUUAGAAUGUGCCUCUUUGUAAUGAGAUAAUUUGUUUUGACGUAUGCUUGGUAGCUAGUUUUGGUGUAUCGAAGUGUUUGUAUAGAACCUCGUGCAUCUCGGCAUUGUAACUUGUUUUUGUCAUUUCAAUAUAUAAAACCCAUAUAUUUGUUUUGAAGAA